AUGUCCCCGGGUGUUUCAAGCAAUUUUCUGCAGAUCGAUGCAAAGACCAUGGAGAAGAAGACUCUGACGGAGUCCAUCGAGGGCCUUGCCAAGGAGAUCUCGGAACUGGAGGCCUCCGCGGCUGAUGCGGCGGCAGAGCGGGAGAAGCACGUGGCGGGCCACACGAAGGCUGUCCAGGAAAAGGGGGUGGAGGGAGGGGGUGGGUGGGUGCGGCUCUGA